AUGAAGUUGGGCCGAGCUGCUGGGCUCCUCUUUCUCCUCCAAAGUGCCGUGGCAGUGACGGACCCCACUCCAACCGGGGCCAGAAAUGAGCCGUAUACCAACGUCACCGGCAUUGUGGACGACCACGGACUGUGCCAGUGCUCAGUACACCUGCCAGACAACACGUUUCCUGUGCAGAAGGUGGAGAGGCUAGAAAUUUUAAUCCAAACACUCUCCAUAAGGUUCGACCAGGAGCUCUCCAAAGUCACCCAGUAUACCAAAACCAUUGAAAUCUAUGAACAAAAGAUCCGGAACGUAACUUAUAAGGUCGAGGCCAUGGAGAAGACCAGCGUUUCUUACACUGAGCUAGACUUUCAGUUGGUGAAACUGGAAAUUGCUGAAAUGGAAAAACUGGUCACUCAGCUGAAGAGCACGCUAACUGGGAGCAAUAUAGUUGUCGAGCAGCUGUACGAAGAGAUCAGGAACCUGAGCCUCAUGGUGACUGAGCUGGAAUCCCUGGAUAAGAAUAACAUCCUGGCAAUCCGCCGAGAAGUUGUGACUCUCCGGAAUAAACUGAGGGAUUGCGAAAGGGACCGAAACUAUACCAGCAGCAGUGGCGGCAGCAGCAUUCCCCACUUCCCACCUGGAACCUGCAAUCACGGUGGAAUCCUAAACAUCAGCCAGCCUUAUGUGAUUCAGCUGAACUGGAGAGGAUUUGCCUACAAAUAUGGUGCCUGGGGAAGGGAUUACUCUCCCCUUACUCCUGAGAAAGAUCUCUUCUGGGUUGCGCCACUGAAUCCUGAUGGGAGAUACUUGGAAUAUUAUAGACUUCACCGUUCCUAUGAUGAUUUGCUGCUCUACAAAAAUGCAAAGGAGUCUCGAAUUCAGUACGGUGAAGGCAGCGGUACCACUGUCUACAGAAAUUACAUGUAUUUUAAUGCGCAUGGCUCCAGAGAUAUGAGCAAGUUGGAUUUAAACACAAACACUGUAGUGCUGAGAAAAACACUUCCGGACGCUGCCCAUAACAAUCGCUUCUCCUACGCGGGUGUAUCCUGGCAAGAUAUGGAUUUUGCGGUGGAUGAGAACGGUUUGUGGGUGAUCUACUCAACGGAAGCCAGCAUUGGUAACAUUGUGAUCAGCAGACUCAAUGAGACAACGCUGGAAGUGCUCGAUACAUGGCAAACAAAGCAGUACAAGCCCUCUGUAUCGAAUGCUUUCAUCGUAUGUGGGGUCCUGUACGCCGUAAGGCCGCUCAAUACAAGGAAAGAGGAAAUAUUUUACACUUACGACACCAACACAGGAAAAGAAGGCAGAAUAAGCAUCACUAUCGAUAAAGUGAUGGAAACAAUUCAGAGCAUCAACUACAGUCCCGGCGAUCAGAAACUGUAUGUCUACAAUGACGCCUACCUUCUGUUGUAUAAUCUAUUUUUCCAGCCUUUCCCACUGUUGUAAUUUUCUAUGGAGGUUUUUAAAAAAUGCCAGUCUUCAGGGAGGAGCAUGGCUGAGAAAGCAGAGAAAUUACAUUUCUACAUUUGGGGGGAAUAUGAUUUAUUAUUGAUUAAUGGGUGCACAAUCAAUCCCUGGAAAUAAUUUUUAAUGGUCCUACCAAGGCUUUUAAAGUCCCAUUGAUUUGUGGGAAUUAAGCCAAACCCUUCUGGUAAAGUCAGCGUAUUGCAAAUGUGCUUGUAUUUGGCCCGGUGAGACAGAGACCAGGGGCUUUAUUGCAGGGGUCCGUAACAUGGACAUUUCCCCUGGCACCCGCCAAAUGCUUUUAGAAAGUGGGCGGGGCCAGGUGGGGCUCUUGCCCAGCAAG